CUGCUGCUCCGAGGGAGCAUCCUCAGCGGUUUGCCUGUCCUGUGCUGUAACCAAGGGCGUUUGGUUUUCACAAGCGUUUAACCGAGGGGCUUUUCUCAGCAUGCAGUCCCUUUGGGUUUGGGCGUGAUCACCAACCACAUCCUCCACAUUCGGCUUCUAUUUCCAUAUCUUCUUCCUGCUUGCAGAGUGGAAAAGGGAUUCUCUGCUCCUGGAAGGUCCAUCUGUAAUGGGAAAAGAAGCAUCCUACUUACUUGUGGUCUUCUAAUUGCCAGAAGCAUGUAUCCAAGAAGCAGUAUUGAGGAUCAAAUUCUUGUUUUCAGAAAUGCAAAAAACCCCCAAUAACCGAAUAAGAAGGUGAAGCUGCCAUCUGACUCUCCUCUAGGGGUUACUUCUUCAGGAGAAUCAGGUUCUGAAGGAUAAAAUCUUAAAUUGUCCUGUGCUUGAGCAGUAAAGGAUAAAUUCAUUCACUGGCUGACUUGUUGUCUCGCCGUUGUGAUGGAAAAAUGUUUGCUUAAAAUAAACCCUUUUGAUGCCACUAAAACUGCCUUCGAACACAAGAGCUGUUGCAAUUUUUAAAACACAAACCAAAUAAUGUCAGAACCCGACCCUUCAUCUGGAUUUGUGGGAAACAUGGAAAAUGGGACUUUUCUGGAGCUGUAUCCCACAUCCCUUUCAACUUCAGUGGAUUCAUCACCUGGCCGUUUAUCCAACGUCUAUGUCUAUGUUUCUAUAUUCCUUAGUCUCUUAGCUUUUCUCCUUUUGCUACUGAUCAUUGCGCUUCAGAGGCUGAAAAACAUAAUUUCUUCCAGUUCCUCCUACCCUGAGUACAAUAGUGAUGCUGGAAGUUCAUUCACUAAUUUAGAGGUUUGCAGUAUUUCUUCCCAGCGCUCUGCUCUCUCAAACCUUUCUUCAUGAAAAUAAAUGAAGGGAAACACACGGGGAAUGGAAGAGCCUUGUCUAGUUUCUUGGGGAAGUAGUGCAUGUAACGUUUGCCUUAGAAGACUAUUAUCAAGAGAUGUUUUUAAAAGUUUCCUUAUUUUUUUUUUCUCUUUUCCUUUUUUAGUCUUCAUUUCCCCUUUAACUAAUUCUCAUUUUGGACAAUGGAUAAUGACACCUGCUCAUCAUUUCUUGCCUGUAAUAGUGAUGCUGUCUUCUUCUCACUCAUAGACGGUGUUUAUUAAGAGUACUACUGCCAAAUUGUAAUACAGUUCUAACUGGAUGUGUCAUUUUUCUGCUCUAAUUGUGACCCCUUCCCUGGUCUUGUGUCAGCAAUAUGCUGACUAUUUUUCUUUUUCUUUUUUUAAUUAUAUAAGGACUUCUGGAUUAAAUUCCUACUGCUGAAGUACAAAAAAAAUCUGCUUAAAUUAUAAAUAUUGGGGCAAUUUAAAGUUGCUGAUGUUGUUUCUUUUUUUUCUAUUUAAUUUUCACAUCUUUUUCUGUAUUUAUUGAUAUAAAACACAACUAAUUAUUGAAGAAUGUUGCUUUUGUUUAUUUGUACUCCCAACUCGUUCUGUAUGAAGUCUGUGUUUCAGUUUCUGAGUCUCUUUGGUUAACUUAGUAAAGCGACUACAAUAACGAUACUCACUGUUGAAUGUGUGGAGGUAUUUUUGGACCCUGUUGCAUCUCAUUACCUCAUUUGCCUAAUGACAUGUUCCUCCAGGGGGCAGCUUUUGCUGCUGGAUCAUCAAUACCACACAACUCCUUUUCAUUCUUCACUGAUACUGCAGUGUAUUGUUACUGGGUACCAGGACAAACCAGUGGUUUCUUGUAAAAGACCUGCAUUCAACAAAUACAGGUAGCAAGUGAAGAGCUCCUAAACUGUCCUUUAGGCACAUGAUGUUUGUACUCGGGUGAGCAGGGCCAGCAGGAACAGAAACUGCUUGUACUGGGGAGGACUUUCUGGGCCAGGCUUUGUCCUGUGGUGUCAGAAAUGCACAGCGGGUGGAGGGGGACACACAGGGAUCUGCACAAUGGCCAGGAAGACCUGUGCUCUGACCUGCAGGAAGUGCAAGGUGUGCCUGCAGGGCAUAGGAAGGGAUGGCCAGGAAAAAUGGCAGUGGCUCUGCCACUGCUCCCCAUCAGCUUAAAGAAAGGCCAGCCAGAGGGGAAGAGAAAUGGAACCAAAGUCUCACUCCCCAUUGCCAUGCCAUUUUCUGGCUUAUCAUUUCCCCUGCUCAAAAUGCAACAUGUCACUCCAUUUCUGCAGUAAAAUAAUGAGCAGCUUUGUGAACUGAAUCCUGUGGUUGGGCUUUAAAUCAAGGCAAACUUUCAAAUUAGUGAUUUGUAGCGCUACUACAACUGCAGCCCCAGACUGGUGCAAUGACUUGCUGUCCUUACUGCACUGUGUGAGCACAGCCACCCAAACCCAUGCAAAUUUUGCUCUCAUGGCUGGAUCCAAGUCACUGUAGAGACUCAAGAAAGGCAUGGCAUUGUCACUGCCAUUUCUGUUACUGACUUAACACAGGUGUAACUGUGAGAGAAGGGAUGAUCUCAGCAGGAGCAGCUGCCCUCCCCUCACAUGGCAGCACUGCCCAGCAGGCCGAGGGUUAGGGAGCACUUCCCAAACACAUCUGGACCUCCUGCCGAGCUGUCCAUGCAUUUGUAAACAAGGCAGACUCUGCCAUUAACUACUCAGGCUUUAAAAUACACAUUUGGAAAGUCU